AUGCCUUUCCCAGCGAAUGUGCCCCUCCAUCCGUCGCAAUUGCAGACAACUGAAGCCAACGGAAAACAAAAGUUCGCGAAAAUCAACAACCACCACCACAAUUCCACGCGCAACCACAUCACCGACUCCGAUCGCACAUUCAAACCAGCACAAAAUCCCGAAAAUACCAUUACCAAAUUGAUGGACACCUCCCCCCAAUCACCCCCCACCAAAAAGCGCAAAAUGGCGACCGACACGAUCGCCGCCGCUGCCCCCGCGGCCAUCGAAGACCAACAAGAGCACCAAUUCCCCCUCCCCACAAUCCUCACCCACCCCUCCGCCACCCCUCCCAUCCUCAUAACCCAAGGCGCCGAAGGCCGCCUCUACAAGACAACCUUCUUCAGUCCCAACAUCCCGUGCGCGCUCAAAUACCGACCCCCCAAACCCUACCGGCACCCGAUCCUCGACGCGCGGCUGACCAAAGCGCGGCUAGCCUUCGAAGCCAAAGUUCUCGAGCGGUGUCGGCGCGAGGGCGUGCCCGUGCCCGCUGUGUACGCACAGAACGCCGCGGCGGGCUGGAUCGCGGUGGAGUGGAUUGAGGGCGCGCCCGUGCGGGUGAAGAUCAACGAGUGGCUUGGCCAGCGGCCCCGAAACGAGGAGGAGGAAAAAGAGGCAGACGCAAAAGAGAAGGGCCCGCUCGUGGAGCUGAUGAAGAGGAUUGGUGCGGCGAUAGCGGGACUGCACAGGACGGGCGUGGUGCAUGGGGAUUUGACUACCAGUAAUAUGAUGUUGAGGCCACCUGCCAAGUCUACGACGGACCAGGGGAAGGAGACGAAUGGGGUGAAUGGGGUGGGAAGUGAGGAAGCACAGGAAAAGGCGAAGCUGUUGGAGGGAGAUGUGGUGAUUAUCGACUUUGGUUUGGCGAACCAGAGCCAGUCAGACGAGGAUAGGGCGACAGAUCUGUAUGUCCUUGAGAGGGCGUUCGCGAGCACACAUCCCCGCGCGGAGAACCUGUUUGAGCAUCUGCUGGAGAGUUAUAAGCAGACGUUUGGCAAGAAGGGAGUGUCGGUACUGCAUAAGUUGGAGGAUGUGAGGAUGCGUGGAAGGAAGAGGAGCAUGAUUGGUUGA